UAGGUUUCCAUCAUUUGUGUGUACUUUGGAGUAAUUCUAGAAAAUGACAGUGGCGAAGAACUUGCUGGCUGUGCGUGCCAAGGUGGCGGAGGCUGUAGCCAAGAGCGCCUGGAAGCAACAGUGUACGCUAGUAGCUGUGAGCAAAACCAAGCCCGUGGAGGAUCUGCAGGAGGCGUACGACGCUGAUCAACGACAUUUUGGCGAGAACUACAUCCAGGAGCUGGUGCAAAAGGCGCCUCUGCUGCCGGCAGACAUCAAAUGGCACUACAUUGGCCACGUGCAGUCCAACAAGGCCAAGCCGCUUGUGCGUGACGUACCCAACCUUUUCGUAGUCGAGACGGUGGACUCGAUCAAGAUCGCCAAUGCCCUUAACAAGGCAUCAGGCGAGUUUCGCACCGAGAAACUCAAUGUGAUGGUGCAAGUGAACACCAGUGAAGAGGAGCAGAAGUCGGGCAUCGAUACCGACGGAUCGGUUGAGCUGGCGCGCCACAUUGUGGCGUCCUGCGAGCACCUGAACCUCACAGGACUCAUGACCAUUGGUCGUUAUGGUGACACCACUUCCAAAUGCUUCGACCGUCUGGUGGCCUGCCGUAAGAAAGUGGCUGAGGCGAUCGGAAAGGCCGAGACGGACCUGGACCUGAGCAUGGGAAUGUCCGGAGACUUUGAGCUGGCGAUUUCCUGCGGUAGCACACACGUCCGUGUUGGAUCAACCAUCUUUGGUGCUCGCAACUACGCUAAGAAGGAGUAGACUGAAGACAGAAGAAAAAGAAGCAACAGGUGUUGGCAAUCUAAAUUCUUGAUCUAGAAUCUACAUUUUAGAUGAGUUAGAGCAGAUCAAAAGCCAAUGCAGACUGCAGGUCGAGGUUGCUGUUCUCGUUGUUCUCGGACCAUUUCGCAGCCAAUCGCACUGCGUCCUCUGUGGGCAUACACUCUCUGGUUGGAUCUUCCUCUUCUUUUUG